GAUUUAUUAUUGAUUUGUAGAUCGACAUCUUUGUUAUUUACACUAUUUUGCUAAAAAAAAUGGAUUCGGCAAAGUCGCUGGGACGUUUAGCGGGAAAAUCUGCUCUUGUUACAGGAGGAGGUCGUGGAAUUGGUCGCGCUAUCUGUCAAGUUUUUGCCAAAGAAGGUGCCAGUGUUGCAGUACUGGAUGUAAAUUCGAAGACGAUUGAAGAAACUUUGAAACUUCUGGAUUCAUCUCAUGGCAACAAACAUUGUGCAAUUGUGUCCGAUGUUACUUCUGCUGAAGAGGCAAAGAAAUCGUUUGAAACCGCAAAGAGAGAAACUUGGCAUUGAAGCCACUAUUCUAGUUAACAAUGCUGGAAUAGAAAAGGGAGCAUUUCUGGAUGAUUUGACAGAACAAGAUUAUGACGACGUGAUGGGGGUUAACGCUAAAGGUACAUUUCUAAUGUCGAAGGAAUUUCUGCUGUCAGUAAAAGAUGGAAGCGAUGGCGAUGGAAGCCCCCGUGGAGUAAUAGUAAAUAUGUCUAGCAUGGCAGGAAAACGUGGAUUCCCCGAGAAGUCGAAUUACUCUGCGUCAAAAUUUGCAAUUGUUGGCCUGACUAAAACUACAGCGAUGGAAUAUGGAAAGCAUAAGGUCCGCUGCAACGCUGUUUUGCCGAGUUUCAUUAACACCCCGAUGAUACUGAGUCUUGACGAGCAAACUAGCAAUAUUCUUAAGCAACAAAUCCUAUGGGACGAUUUGGUGAACCGGAAGAAGUUGCUAACGUGUGUUUGUUCCUCGCUUCAGAUGAAAGUUCAUACGUUAAUGGUGCCUGCUUAGAAAUAUGCGGUGGGUUUGGCGUGUAAUGGACCUUGUUGUUCAGGGCAACAUGGCCCCCGAAAUGCAUUGGAAAUUUGGUUCAAUUUUAAUCUUUAUUUUUCGUAAUUUAUUAUAUAUACAGAUUAUUUGAUAAAAUAUUAUGUAGUAAUAUUGCCAGAGUAGGCAGAAUUCUUGCUUGCUCGAUCGGUGCAAAUUAGGUUCGAAUUGUUAUUCUCCGAAGGGCAAAUAUUUACAUGUUGAUACCAUGUAUCAAUAUCAUAUUCAGGAUUUUCCGUCUCAUUGCCGUUCAUAGAGUCAAAAACUUAGUAUUUUAUUAUUCGAUGUUGUGUUAUAAGUUAUAACCUUAACAUGUACAUACCUUACAUAAUAAAUAGCAAUACCAAAAGGUAAUAAUCUUGAUAAUUAAGAUAUUGGUUCAUUUUGUACAUGCAAUUAAAGAUUCAUGAUAUCUGCUAACAACAAUUUUAUGAGACAAUAAAAAUUUUGAACUGAAAACUU